AUGUCGCCCAUCGGAUCCAGCCCUGUGCCAAAGGACUACGAGUCGCAGGUCGACUCGGCCGUUGACUCUGUGGCUUAUUUCUCCUGCUCUGACAAAGUUUUGGACAAACAAGACAGAGCUGGUGUCAUCCCCGAGAACCCUUUCGAUAGCGAGAGCAGUAGAGUUCUGUUCGAUGCCAUUGAUAAGCUUCAAUCUUGUGGUGUCAGCCAAGAGCUUGCUAUUCCUCAGUUGGUCAUUGUCGGUGGUCAGUCUACAGGAAAGUCAUCCCUCCUCCAGAGCUUGACCGACAUUCCCUUCCCUGUUGGUUCUGGCUGUUGCACUCGUUUUGCAACAAGGAUCGUGUCUCGGAGAACUGCGCCUGGAAGUCACAGUUCUAUCAAAGUGACAAUCGUUGAGCCUGAUGUAACCGAUUUGUUUGACUAUCCACCGGACGACACUUACAAAAACUUUCCGCCUUAUGUCACCGAUCAUCUGGGUGUCGAAGAGUUUACACAGCUUAUGGAAACCAUUACCAACAAGUACAUGGGAAUCAAGAGAGGCCAAGGACGUGAUGCGAAGAAUUUUGCUUCUCAAGUUCUGCGGAUUGAGCUUUCGGGCCCGUCCCGAUCACACUUCAGCAUUCUUGACGUUCCUGGCAUCUUCUCUUAUGCUCACGAUGUCAAUGAAGACGAGGAGCACGGCGUGAGGCAGAUGGUCGGGGAGUACAUGAAACAACCAGCAAACAUUGUGAUAUGUGUGGCUGCUGCUACAGCAGAUUUGUCGACUCAAGAGAUCUUCAAGAUGGCUGCCAAUCUAGUCGACAAGAAGCGUCUUGUCGGAGUCUUUACGAAGUGCGAUAGGCUGGAGAACCCAACCGAAGUUAUUGAUAUUGCCAGUGGAUAUGGCAAAGACUCGGCCAGAUCUAUGAAGGACGGUUGGUUUGUAGUGAGAAACCGAUCUGACGCCGAUGGUGACGACUUUGACGUCAAAGAAGCUGAACGCAAGCUCUUCAGCCACUCACCUUGGGACAAGAUUCCAGAAAACCGAAGAGGGUCUGUUCAGCUCCAAAAGCACCUUGGCAACCUUCUUUGUGCGCAGAUUCGAGGAAACUUCCCUUCGAUCCAAGAGUCGGUCCGGAGACUGUUAUUGGAUGCCAAGGACAGCAGGAGAAGUCUAGGAGAACCGCGCCCAAGCCACCAUCUUCGCCAGCAGUACAUCAGGGAUGUGGUUGAGAAAUACCACAAAAUCGCAACCAAGACUCUCAACAGCCCCGGAUCCUUGUCUGAUGACAACCUACGUGUAAGAGGAUUGGUGCGUCAGGCGAAUGAGAGCUUCACCGCAGAGAUGCUGGCACAUGGUCACACGCACACGUUCGAAGACCGAGGAAUCGAUCCCAUGGUUCAGCUUGCCGACACUAUAGCCUCCUUUUCCGAUCAUGGGCUAUUGACAACUGGAAGUAGAAAAGUUGCCGACCUAGAGCAUGCCACGACACCACCCAAAACACCGCCCAAAAUACAAGGUCCCACGCGUCAGCAGCCAACUAAGUCUCAUGUCGCCCGCGGAACACCGCUCGUUGAUGAAAUCCGCGAGCAGCUCCACAUUUGGCAAACGACAGAACUCCCAGGGAUGGUGAAUACACAAGUCAUUCAGGUUCUUUACAAGAAGCAAUCAGAACACUGGGAACGCAUUGCAGAACAACACAUCGAAGCCAUUGCUAAUGACGUAGAGUUCGCCUCUAACUGGAUUCUCGAGGACGUUUGCUCUCCCGACAGUUGCUCGAAAAUCCUGUUCGAGGAACUCUCUCGAGCCCUUUCUCGCUUCCAGCAACAAGCUAAACAGAAGGCUCUUCAAGAGCUCAAGGAUCACUGCCGACGAGAGAGGGAGGCUCAUCUUCAGACAACAGACGCAAGGUUCCAUGAAAGGUUGCAAACGUUACGGACUGUUCGACUCAUCAGAGCUUUCUGCUCGGGCCCAUCGCUGACGGAACAUCUCGAUAUGAACCGCUCAAAGGCCCUUUUCCAUCAUUUCCAUCACUCUAUCGAAGGCAACAUGGUGAGAGAUGUGCAUGAUGUUGUCAAGGUCUAUUACGAACUUUCACUUGAGGCUUUCAUCAGAUACAUCACCAACGAUAUUGUCGAGGAUUUUGUGUCUUAUCGCAAGGGACCGCUCAUGGGAUUGUCGACGGACUGGGUUUUCACGUUGACUGAUCAAGAAGUUGAGAAGCUCGCUCGCGAGGAUGAUGAGACAGUACGAAGACGCUCUCACUUUGACGGGGUCAUUAAAAAGCUCGAGUCUGCGCAUGAAAUAGCCGAGAAGGCUAGGAUCCAUACACGGAGUCUUGGAGAUCUGUGA